GUGCGUGCGUGCGUGCGCGCGCGCUCGCGAGGCGCUCUCGUUCCUGGGCUGUGGCGGCCUCUUCCUCCAGCGUCCCGGGCCCGCGGUGAGGGCUCCUGAGAGUCGGGCGCUGGCGUGGGCCUCCCCGCCGCCGCCGGCCCUCUGCCGGGGACUGGACUGGGCCGACCGGAGUGAGCCAACCGGCGGGAGCUUUCCUGCCUAUGGUCGGCCCCUGGGCACGCUGAGGGCCGGGCUCCAAGCGGCCGAGAAAAUGAUGCAUCCUGUUGCCGGCAGUAAUCCAGCGUUCUGUGGGCCUGGCAAGCCUUCCUGCCUCAGUGAAGAUGCCGUGAGAGCUGCUGGUCAGUUUGAUAUAUAUUCCUCCCAACAAAGCAAAUACGGUCACACAGUCGGCCACAAACCAUUGGUUUGUCAAAGGCAAGACCCAUUAAAUGAAACACACUUGCAGCCUACCAGUGGCAGAAACAUAGACAUAAAAGAUGAACUAAAGAAAAAGAAAAACCUCAAUCGAUCUGGUAAGCGCGGCCGGCCUUCGGGAACCACCAAGUCAGCAGGAUACCGGACCAGCACAGGCAGACCCCUGGGAACUACCAAAGCAGCUGGAUUUAAGACAAGUCCAGGCAGACCUUUGGGUACAACCAAAGCUGCAGGGUACAAGGUCAGCCCAGGGAGACCUCCAGGUAGCAUUAAAGCUCUGUCCCGGCUUGCAGACCUUGGCUAUGGCUGUGGUACUGCUGCCUUUCCUUACCCUAUGAUGCACAGCAGGGCAGUUCACGGGGUUCAGGAACCCGGAGGCGAAGUCAAGCCACCCAGUGAAUGAGCCAGGAGGCAGGACAGCACCUGUUAGGAGCAGACUGAGGCAUUCCAAACAAAGCUGCUUGGUUUAGUUUGACUUACUACCCGUACUUCCCAGUUUUGUUCUUGUUUGACCUCCCACUUCUUUUUCUUUCUUCUUUGCUCAGAAGUCACCACAUGUUGACAGAUGCACUUUGAGCAGGAGUAGUGCAUGGUUUCUAUAUUGUACAAGGCUCAGACAACACUCAGCUAAGUCAUUUUUGCUUUCUCUUUGGGCCAUUCUUAGUGGACACUUCACAGGCUAACCAGCUGCCUCAGUUGACUUUCAGUUGUGAGCAAACCAGUGUGUAAGGUUUACCUGAGGCAUUCUGAUGGGGCAGAACAGCAGCUAGUGAACAGACCAAAGGGCGUGGCCGUGUGAGUUAGAACUUCCAUGAAACAAGACAGCUGUUUGGAUACUUUGGAAUUUAAAACACAGUUUCUUGAUUCACAUGACAUUAGUUGACCAUUAUUCCUAAUGCGUUGUUUAAUACUUGCUUUGCAGAGAUUAUAGUUACAGGUAAUAUGUUUUUCAGUUGCAUAAGAGCAUAUACACCAAACACUACAAACAAUUCAGACUUACAGCAAAACCCUUAAAUACUUCCUGAACCUGCACAUUAUAUUAAUAUUCAAGAAAAAGAAACCUUAAGAUCUGCAUGUAACUAUAGUCAUCCUAUUUUGUCUUUCAUAUAUUUAGUGAAUUUCAAAGUAUUAUAUUUAAAACAUUUAUUUCUAUUACUUAUUUAGAAUGGCUUUUUAAUUUUUCUGAGUAAUUGUUAUUAUAUUGCAUUAGUACUUAACUGCAUUUUCAGGUUUAUAUCUACCAAAGGACACAAAUUAAGUGGUAGACUGCAAAACUGGUCUAAGAAAGGAGUUUCCUGGCUGUCAAGACCCAAAUGCCAAGAAAUGUAAGAACUCAGUGUGUGUGAACCCUGUAAAAGGAGUGCUGGUUAGUUUCUAAUGGCAUUGUGGCUCUAGAAAGACUGCUUUUCUAAAAGAAAUCUGUUCUCCCUAGUGAGGCUUGCUUUAAAAGCAAGAUAGAAAAGUAUUGGGCUCAUAGGUGUAGUUACAGAGGGAAAUCUUCAUUUCUGAAAUAUUUCUAGUUGAUAUACAUUUUAUUUAUUCUGAGUUUAUUCUAAAUAAAAUUUUAUGAACUUUAGAAUUGAAAAGCUUCACUGGGCAAUGGUGGUGCACACCUUUAAUCCCAGUACUCAGGAGGCAGAGG